ACCCAACUUGGCAACCUUCCGCCAUGGCACCUCCCGUCGAGCUCGUCUCCCUUAUUCUCGCCGAACUCUGGGCAUAUCCAUUUACCACUGAAGAGAGGAUUAAUGUUUACCGGACUUGUAACUUGAUUUCCAAACAGUGGUCGGCCAUCUUCAAGGACGUCAAUUCCGUGCACGCCUGGAUCCCUUUCUCCUUCGACAAAGCACAUUUGUAUACCGUCAGGUACGUGGUCAUGCCACAAUUACUAAUAUGGUCCAACAAGGGAGUAGAGUCAGCGCUUCGAAGGAUAUUCUGCGACCCGAAUGCACCUCGAAGUGCAACUCAUAUCUAUAUUAACUAUCUUGAUGAUCUCCAGCUCCACACUCCCAGUUUCUGGAUCCCCCCUCAGAUUACCCACUUGACAAUUGUCUAUCACUAUCGUCGUUGGGUGCCUCGAAGUUUCCGGGAUGAGAGUUUUACGUUUCACUGCGGCUGUGAAAGAUUAGCCGUCGACCGGCGAGUUAGCCAUCUGACUGUCAUGGGUGCUAUACCUGUGAUAGUGAAGCGCCUGAUAGCGCCUCGCGACGAAUGGCGACAUCUUAUUUCGUUGACCACCGAUCUCAACGAAGCCUUCGUUUCCGCUUCCUCCCAGACCUCUGUCAUAUGCAAGAGGUACGGCAUUCCGUUUCAGGAUGUAGAGGUCGACUACGCGCUUCACGUCAUGUUUGGAGACAGGUCAUUUUGGUUAUACAGGCCGUAUCAUGGUCGGUUCCUACGUCUCUCUUAUAAUAGAUUUUCAGUGGCAUCCUGAUAUUCCAAUGUUCGAGCAGACCAUUCCGGUAGGCUCUGUUGGUUACAUCGAUCCGCUUACCAGGAAGUUUGUGAUACUAUUCAAUGGCAUUGAUCCCGCAUCAUCGACAGACGAGCGAAUCAA